AUGGCGCACAUGUGCAGGCAGCUGAUCGGCAGCGCGGCGAGCUGCGCGGGCUGGGUCGGGGUCAUCGUCGGCACGGCCACCAACGACUGGGUUCGAACUUGCGAGUACGCGGUGUCCACCUGUGUGCGCAUGGACGAGCUGGGCUCCAGGGGCCUCUGGGCGGAGUGCGUCAUCUCCCCCGCGCUGUCCCACUGCGUCGCCCACAGCCAGAUCCUCAGUCUGCCAGCCUACUUGCAGACGUCUCGUGCACUGAUGAUCUGCGCGUGCCUGCUCGGUCUCCCCGCCAUGCUGCUCGUGCUCACGGCGAUGUCGUGCGUGCGGCUGCAGAAUGACACCGCGGCCGUGAAGCUGCGCCGUGCGCGCGUGGGAGGAGUCCUGUUCAUCCUCAUGGCUGUGUGUGGCAUCAUAUCCACGGUGUGGUUUCCGAUCGGCGCUCACCGGGACGAGAGGCUGAUGUCUUUCGGCUUCUCGCUCUACGCCGGCUGGGUCGGCUCCGGGCUCUGCCUCGUGGGCGGCUGCAUGAUCCUGUGUUGCCACGGCACCGACCCGCGGAACCCGAGCCGAGAGAACAGCUUCUACUACUCCAGGAAGAGGGGCGGGGCCUCGCCGCUGGACCCCCCCGCCAACCACGCCAAGAGCGCCAAUGUGUAGAAGUCUGGACGACGUCUCAUGGACUGUUCGUGAUCAUAAUCAAGUUGUGCAUUUAGAUGUUUUCUUUCGUUUAGCUGAUGCAGAGCGAUCAAGUUCAUGUUAUAGAUACUUUACAUCGAGGCAGGAGUCAUCUAAUUGGUUGAAUUGAACCUCACUGGGCGGAGCCAGUGAAAUGAGAUUAUUGUUUCACAAAGUAAAACUCUGAUAAGAACAAGAAGGUCACAAAUUAAAGACGUUUGUCCACGUGUGUUUUAACACUCAUUACUUCUUCUACUGCUCUUGGUUCAGCAACAUACGAACAGAAGACUGUAAAUAAAGAUGAACCACAUGACAGCUCCAGUG